AUGAAGUUACUUAUAUGGAAUUGUAGAGGAGCUGACAACAAAGUUUUUAAAAGAACCAUGAAAGAGCUUGUUCAAACCCACAAGCCAUCUAUCCUGGUCCUGAUGGAAACAAAGGUGGAACUGAGCUCUUUAGGGCAGUUCUUCAACAAAAUGAGGUUUACAGCCUCCUCCCAUGUAGAUUCGGUAGGGCGCAGUGGUGGUAUAUGGGUUCUUUGGGACCCCUUUCGGGCGACGGUGAAACCCUUAGAGGUCAAUGCUCAGUUCAUUCAUGCUAAAGUUCAAAGAGAUAAUUUUGAAGACUGGAUUCUUUCAGCUAUCUACGCCAGCCUCAACCGCAGAAACAGGGACCUUCUUUGGGCAAACUUGGAAGCUAUAGCAGAUAAUAUGACCUCUCCAUGGUUGGUGGCAGGGGAUUUUAAUGAUAUUGCAUCCCUAAGUGAAAAGAGAAGUUUUUCUACUAAUAUCAGCCAAGCUAGGACCCAAAAAUUCAAUGCAAGGAUGAAUAGAUGCAAUCUUAUGGACCUGGGAUGCUCUGGACCUCAUCUCUCCUGGUCUAAUGGCAGACAAGGCAUGGCUAAUACCCUUGAGAGACUCGAUAGAGCAGCUUGUAAUUCUGAGUGGCGCCUUGCUUUCACUGAAGGGGCCGUUCGUAAUCUUCCUCGGACCUACUCAGACCACUCUCCUAUGGUUGUGUACACAUAA